AUGGUUUAUACAUGCUGUGUGCCGAGGUGUAAAGGAAAUUAUCCAAAUACUCCUAAAGUGCAGUUGUUUUCCUUCCCCAAAGAUGACGAACUGAAACGAAAAUGGAUCAGUGCAAUAAAUCGACAGGAUUUCAUUCCUACAAAGUACACGAAGGUCUGCGAACAACACUUUCACGACAGCGACAUUCGUAAAGAGGCAGAGUGUUAUGAUGACAGAACCGGCAAAAAAGUUACUGCACCUUUGAAACGUUUUCAACUAAAUGAAGGUGCAAUUCCAACCAUAUUUCCUGAUUGUCCUGCCUAUAUGUCUUCCAACAAAAUUGUUCGCGAGGACCCUGAAAAACGGCGCUCACGAAUAGAAAAUGAUACAUUAAAUCAAGCAUUAAAUGACAGCUUGAAAGUUCAAAUGGAGUGGGACGCAAAAAACACAUUUGAUUGA